CUCGUCUCCACUCUCUCCUCUGCAGCUGAUGCUCCGGCACCUCCUGAACAUCCAUCACCAUGAAUAGCUUUUCCUCCAGGUCCCUGGGUGGUUUCAUGUCCAGCGGCGGGUACGGUGGCCUCAGGAUGUCCUCCGGCUCCUCUGCCAUGUCCAUGUACAGCGGCGGCCGCAGCGCAGCCGGUGGCGGCGGAGCCGGUGGUGGCGGAGCCUCCAGCUACGGCUUUAGCUUCGGUGGCGGCGCCGGUGGUGGAGCAGGCGGUGGUGAUAGCAUGAACAUCUCUGCCAACGAGAAGGCCACCAUGCAGAACCUGAACGACCGUCUGGCCUCCUACCUGGAAAAGGUCCGCAGCCUGGAGACGGCCAACGCCGAGCUGGAGAAGAAGAUCCGGGAGUUCCUGGACAAGAAGACCUCGCCGUCCGCCAGAGACUACAGCGCCUACUUUGCCACCAUCGCAGAUCUGCAGGGAAAGAUCCAGAAAGCCACUGUAGACAACGGUGGGAUCUACCUGGCCAUCGAUAACGCCAAGCUGGCCUCUGAUGACUUCAGGAUGAAGUACGAGAACGAGAUGUCCAUGCGUCAGUCGGUGGAGGCCGACAUCGCCGGGCUCAAGAGGCUCCUGGACGAGCUGACCCUGGCCAGGUCUGACCUGGAGAUGCAGAUCGAAGGCCUCAGGGAGGAGCUGAUCUUCCUGAAGAAGAACCACGAGGAGGAGCUGCUGGCCACGAGAACGCAGAUGAGCGGCCAGGUGAACGUGGAGGUGGACGCAGCUCCAGGACAAGACCUGAACAAGAUCAUGGAGGAAAUGAGGGACCACUACGAGUCCGUCGCCGCCAAGAACCGCAAAGACCUGGAGGGCUGGUUCCAGAACAAGAUGGAAGGGCUGAACAAAGAAGUCGCUGCCAACACAGAAACGAUACAGGUAUCCAGGUCAGAGCUCACAGAGCUCAAACGGACGCUGCAGGCCCUGGAGAUCGAGCUGCAGUCACAACUCAGCAUGAAAGCCGGUCUGGAAAGCAACCUGGCGGAAACUCAGAACCGCUACUCCAUGCGACUGGCGGGCUUCCAGAACCAGGUGUCGACUCUGGAGGAGCAGCUGGUUCAGCUGAGGGGCGACCUGGAGCGGCAGCGACAGGAGUACCAGGUGCUGCUGGACAUGAAGACCCGACUGGAGAUGGAGAUCGCAGAAUACCGCCGCCUGCUGGACGGAGAGGGAGGCGGCAGCGUCGUCUCCUCCAAAGCCUCCUCCACCUCGGCCUCCACCUCGGCCUCCACCUCCGGCUCCUCCUCCGCCUCCACCACCACCACCACCACCAGGUACGUGGUUGUAGAGGAGGUGUUGGUGGACGGAAAGGUGGUCAGCACCUCCACACAGGAUGCCUAGUGAGCCGCAGACAGCGCCCCCUGCUGCACAAAUGGAAACAACUAAAACCUGCUGAGGUGCUUAAAAAUAAAAUCAAUUUUAAAAAUCCA